UUCUUUUUUUUUCUUUUUUUUUUGAUAACAAGCUAGGAGAGGUUGUCUUAUUUAAGUUAUUUAUCCUCCUAUCACAUAUCAUCAUUAUCAUGUUUCCCUUAUCUAUAUCCUUGAUCACGCGCCGGAGGCCCCCUUUGGACUAAAAAAGGCGUGGAGUCCCCGGUGUUGACCGCGAAAUAGCUCGUACGGGAGGGUUCUCUGCGCCCCGCCGCUGGGAGAGUUUUUUGGAUAACUAGGCCCCCAGUUACAAACUUAUAAGGGCAAAUCUCGCCCCCCGAAUUGCCGAAGCCGGAAACGAAUGAAGAAGGAAAAUUUUUAUGUUGAAGUAUAUUAUAUAUAUAAAAAAAUUUUUUUUUUCUGCUCCAUUCCAUUUUCUGCUAUUAACUACUGGUCUGACUCCGAAGCGUUUAGGAGAAGACUGACACUCACUACUGAUUGGCAAAUUGAUCCCAUUCCCACUCAUUUAUUUCACUCAUUCCAAAUCUCAUACACGGAAAAAGAAAGCUUGGGAUUUCUCUUGCUUGUUUUCUAAUACAUAAUUCAACAAUAUAUCAAUUAACACGCUGAACAAUGGCUCCUGUACCUCAAGAAAGCCUGUUCGGCACUUUGGAAAUUCCUACAUACGAUGAGGUAUUUGCCCUCAUGGCAACAUUUGCCGCGGACACUUCACCGAAGAAAGUGAGCCUUGGAGCCGGAGUGUACAGAGACAAUGAAGCCAAGAGCUGGAGGUUAAAUAUCGUGAGAAAGGCCGAAAAACUGCUGUGUGACGAUCCGACUUUCGAUCAUGAAUAUCUUCCCAUCCCAGGAUACCAGCCAUUCGUGGACGCGGCGAGGGAUCUGGUCUUCGGCCCCAACUGCCCCGUCGCAAAGGGCCGCAUUGCCAGCUUGCAGACAAUUUCAGGAACAGGCGCAAACCACCUCGGUGCCCGUUUUCUGAAAGACCAUCUCCCUCGUCUCGUCUCCUCGUCGUCAUCAUCUACUAGCCCCGCACGAAGAAUCUGGCUAUCAGAUCCCACAUGGGCAAACCACCACUUGAUCUGGAACCUAGUCGCCACAAGCUCCACCGGAACCCCCCUCAAGAUCGCUCUCUACCCUUACUACCACGCCCCAACCCGCUCCUUCGACUUUGACGGCAUGAUCAGGACGCUGGAAACGAGCGCGCAGCGGGGUGAUAUCAUCCUGCUACACGCCUGCGCGCAUAACCCGACGGGCUUGGACCCGACGAGAGCGCAGUGGGAAGCCAUUGCGUCUCUGUGUCAGCGGAAGGGGAUAUUCCCAUUCUUCGACUCGGCGUACCAGGGGUUUGCGUCGGGGGAUCUAGAUAAUGACGCCUGGGCGAUUAGGGAGUUUGUCCGCCGUGGGAUGGAGCUGUGUGUGGCGCAGAGCUUUAGCAAGAACCUGGGCCUCUAUGGGCAGCGGGUUGGGGCGUUCCAUCUCUUGUGUCAGAGCGAAGAUGCGGCGCGGAGGGCUAGGGGCCAGCUUAUUGAGUUGCAGAGGGGGGAGUUUUCGACGCCGCCUGCUUAUGGUGCAAGAGUUGCAUCAAUCAUCCUCGGCGAUCCCGCCAACGUUGUUGAAUGGAAACAAGACCUGGCUAUCAUGAGCAGCAGGAUAAAAGCCAUGCGACACGCACUGUACGAUGAGCUACGCCGUCUGGGCACGCCAGGCAACUGGGAACACAUCAUCAAUCAGAUCGGCAUGUUCUCGUACACCGGCCUGACCAAGGAGCAGAUCAAGACCCUCGCGGAGGACUAUCAUAUCUACAUGCUUGACUCGGGGAGAGCGUCGAUUUCAGGGCUGACCACCGACAACAUCAAGUACGUCGCCGGCGCCUUUGAUGCGGUGGUGAGAGGCAAGUAAAAAAGAAAAAGAAAAAGAAAAGAAAAGAAAUCAAGCCCCUUCGUCGGCAUCAUAUCAUGGACCUUCCUCCAAUAAAUGGCCUGGCAUCGUUUAUUCGUUCUUGUUAACCAUCAGCAACCAGCAGUAAAGGAUGAUAACACACACUACUACACUACAUACAUACGCUUAUCCGAAACAAGGAUACAUCCCGAGAUCUUUCAUCAUGGUAUCAAGUUGGCGUUUAUUCGGUUAAAUGCGGCAUCGGUGUAUUAUACAAAGCAUUUAUAGAGCUGAGAUGAGAUGGCUUUAAUGAUCAUUAGGAAUAUAUACAUACAAAUAGUUAGUUAUAGUAGUAGAUCUAGAGAAUACAUAUACACUCCAUCGGCGGUUUUAUAUUCUAUCUUUGAAGCGCAGACACAGUUAGACGUGUUCAUUAUUGCUCGCUUGCUUUCGGCCAGCUGGCUCGGCCCGCUGGGGGGGGGGAGUAGAAGUGUGCCGGAAAUGCCAGUCAGUAGAGAUUUAUAUAGACAUCACACACCUUGGAUAUUAGUUGGUUAGGCAUCACCGCUGGUUUAUAAGAAAUAGCUUGAUAACUAUUUAAUUGAUUUUCCGUUAAUUAAUUAAUAUAUAAAAAAAAAAACCAGAAAUCUUAUACUCAAAUCAAUGGUCUAAAUAUUU